CGCAGGUUGCAGAGCGGGUGGGAGCCGCUGCGGGCGCGGCACUGCAACCCCGAACCCCAACCCCGAGCCCAGCCCCCGCCACAGGCCCAGGAGGCUAGGAUCCAGCGGCUCCCCGCCCGGCCCCGCCGAGGACGCCUGGAUUCGCAGGCGCCCGCCAGCCCACGCGCCACGAUGGUGUGCGGGGGCUUCUCGUGCUCCAAGAACUGCCUGUGCGCGCUCAACCUGCUCUACACCCUCGUCAGUCUGCUGCUCAUUGGGAUUGCUGCUUGGGGUAUCGGCUUUGGACUGAUCUCCAGUCUCCGGGUGGUGGGUGUGGUCAUCGCUGUGGGCAUCUUCCUGUUCCUGAUUGCGUUGGUGGGACUGAUUGGCGCAGUGAAACAUCAUCAGGUGUUGCUAUUUUUUUAUAUGAUUAUUCUCCUCCUUGUAUUUAUUGUUCAGUUCUCGGUGUCUUGUGCUUGCUUAGCUCUGAAUCAGGACCAACAGGGUCAGCUGCUGGAGGUUGGUUGGAACAAUACAGCCAGUGCUCGAAAUGACCUCCAGAGGAACUUGAACUGCUGUGGCUUCCGAAGUUACAACCCAAAUGACACCUGCCUGGCUAGCUGUAAUAAAAUUGGACACAAAUGCUUGCCAUGUGCCCCCAUAAUCGAAGCGUAUGCUGGAGAGGUCUUGAGAUUCGUUGGUGGCAUUGGCCUCUUCUUCAGUUUUACAGAGAUCCUGGGCGUUUGGCUGACCUACAGAUACAGGAAUCAGAAAGACCCUCGCGCCAACCCCAGCGCUUUCCUUUGAGGAGGAAGCCAGGAAAAGUUCUCCCGUGUUUUCCCAUCUUCCUCACUUUCUCUAAUCUUAAGUUAAAGUAAUUUGUUCAUUUGACAGGAAACAGUAUCUGAAAACUACACUGUCAACAGUGGAACUAAAUAUUUUCACUCUUACAUUUUUUUGCUGACAUUGCUGAAAAGGCAAUUGAAAUUCAUGGUGUUCGCUGACCCUCAGUGGUCUCUGUAGUCACAGUUCUUGGUGUCUGGCGCUGUCCACUGUGGCCUUUCUUAGCCUUUUUACGUGCUGUAAAACUGUGUGUGGCACCCCUGGGGAAAUGACAUUGUGAACCCCAAUCUCCAUCUCACCGGUAGUUGUGCAGAGCACCGUGCUGUGCGGGAGGCUCCCCCGAAGACACUUGAAGUUCAUGAAGCCAGGAAGAAGUCCGCGGUGUUCAGUCCUUAGGAGAGAUCUAAGUUCCCUGCACUUUAUGUCUUUUUAGGAAAGCUACCUUGUAGUGAAAAGUGUUAGCAUCUAAGUGAUCAUUUAGUUAUCGUAGUCUUCCAUGAUUACACCCGUGUAUUCCAGAAAUAGCUGUGUCUUUAGGAAACUGAACUUUAGUUUUUGACUUUUAUAGUAAAGGUAAAGGAGGUGCCAUUUGGAAAAUGUUCUGGGCUGUGACAGUUAUCUUCAGCUUUUAAAAUGGGAUGAGUUAGGAUAAUCUGACCUUUUUUUUUUUAAUAAUUUGAAGUUCAAAACACUGUAUUUGUAGGCAACGUGCAAUCAAUAUGUUGGCCCGUGCAACAAAAAGAUGUUUGAUUUUCUUAAAAAAUAACUGUUUAUUGACAUUUCUUGGUAUUGUGACAGUGAGUUGUCAAAUCCAGACAUAUUUAAAUGUGCUACCUCCCGUAAGCUGAGAGAGAAAUGGUGUUUGUGGCUCUGUAUGUUACAUUAAAAAUUAAAGGCUGAAACCUU